AUGCUUCAAAUACAGAAUCCAAUCUUUAAAAGUGUUUUUUUUUCAUUCCAAAUUGGAAAGCUAUUUCUAAGAUUUUUUCCACCAAUAGUAUUAUUAAAUAUUAAACGAUUUAGAACUUAUGGAAGAGAAUAUCAGCCUUCAAACAGAGUAAGAAAACGAAGACAUGGAUUUCUUGCUCGAAAACGGUCUGUUGGUGGACGUAAAAUUCUUGCUCGAAGAAUAGCAAAAAAAAGAAAAUAUCUAACGCAUUAG